AUGCAGUUGAAGAACGUCCUCGCCGUCUUUGCCGCCCUCAACCUCGUCACCGCCGCCCCGACCCCCGACGAGGACGGCCUCGAGAUCAUCGACGGCCCCGAGGGAGGUGCCGAUGAGUUCGAGAUCGUGAAGCGAGGCCAAGCCACCUUCUACUGCAAGGGCGCUGUCGUCAGUGGCCUGGCCGGGACUAACUGCGGGACUCAGCCGGCGUUCUCAAAAGCCUUCCCCAACUGCAACAACCUCUACUGCUACAGCGGCAAGUACAUCGCCUGGCCAGCUCCUAAACCGUACGAGUACAAGUCGUACAUCGUCUGCCAGAAGUAG